AUGGCCCUGUUGACCAAUCUACCAGCUGAGCUGCUCAAGAAGAUCAUUGACUACAUCCUGGAAGAAGGGCCCUUCGUGAAGGACUAUGGGUGGUACGGCCAUGAGCGGAAGCAAGAUAUUCGUUUCAAGGCAAAAUACCUACCCCCCCCCCCCCCCUGCCGAGCGACAACCCUCCUGGCCAGAGGGUGA